AUGAAGCACGACGCGUCGGCGAGCAUCAGGCAAACUCUGGGUGAGCGUGGCAGCAAGUCCAACUCAACUCAGCUUAAGUCGAGAAUCGCUUACAUGAAGCCAAAAUACGGGGCUAUGCGCGAGCGACGAGGGAAGCAGCUGCACAUGCAGCGGUAG